AUGAGACUCUCGAUUUUCACCAAGUUUACUACUCUUAGGCUGCUUUCUGUUGCUGACACUCACUUUGCUUCCAUCAUUGUGAUGCUUAAGAGAUUGAAACUUAUCAAAAGGGGUCUUCAAGCUAUGGUCAUAAGCGAAGAAUGGUCUUCUUAUAGAUUAGACGAUACUGAGAAAGAAAACUCUGUGAAAGAAUAUAUUUUCAAUGAUGAUUGGUGGGACAAAGUAGCAUUUAUUCUUAGUUUCACUGGACAUAUAUAUGAGAUGAUUAGAGCUUGUGACACCGACAAGCCAUGUUUACACUUGGUGUGUCAGAUGUGGGAUUCUAUGAUUGAGAAAGUGAAGAUUGAGAUCUACAAGAAAGAAAAACGUCCGACAUCUCAAAUAAGGUGCUUUUAUGACGUUGUGCAUCGUAUUUUAGUGGCUCAAUGGGUGAAGAAUAACACUCCCCUACAUAGUUUAGCUCACUCUUUACAUCCAAGUGAUGCAUGGUUAAUGGAGGAUUCUACAAGAUGUGCUCUACAUAGGGAUGGAGAAAUUUCACAAGAAAGGAUGAAAUGUUUUCGAAGGUUGUUUCUUAAUGAUGAUGAGUAUAGAAGAGUCCUUGAUGAGUAUGCAAUGUUUUCAAUGAAUAAUGGUCCUUUUGAAGAUUUAACAAGCAUUUCAAAGAUGGCUACUAUGGAGCCCAAUAAUUGGUGGGUUAACUUUGGUGCUCAAACUCCUUUUCUCCAGACUUUGGCUUUUAGAUUACUUGGACAACCUUGUUUUUCUUCUUGUGCUGAGCGUAAUUGGAGUACUUAUGCAUUUAUUCACUAG